AUGUGGACCGUAAAACCGGUACCGAUGCCGGUUCAAUCUUUCAGGGGGCUAACCGGAUCAAUCCCCGUCGGCUAUUCACAGCCUCCGCCGCGUAAUUACGACGGAAUCCACCUUCGCCUCUGUAAAAUCCCGACGAGAUCUCAAACAUCCAAAUCCAUCGGCGGAUUAGGCCAACAAAUCAUCCUCCGGUCCGAUAAUUCGAACCCUAUUAAACCGAUUCCGAAGGAGAAGAAGAUUACUGGAUCAGACGUGCUCUGGGCGAUUCAGAGAGCAGCGGCUGAGAGGAAGAGAGCCAACGCCGAUAGAAUGAAGAAGAGGAAGAUGAGAAGCUUGGAGCUGUCAUCCUCUGCGAGCAAGUCCACCGAAGAUAACGGUGUUGAUUGCCUUAACGUGAGGCCGUUAAGGAUCAAAAGCGAUUGGGGACAGAGAUUGGACGGAUUCGAGAAGCUUCUCAAAGACUUAAAAGACACGGAACUUUGA